CACGCCGCCAUGGCGCUCAACUGGGCAAUGCUCUCCGACGACGGCGCGCGGCCCGUGCCGCUGCCAAACGAGAAGAUCCUGUGCAGCAUCGAGCACUGCCAGCUCUCGCUCGACUUCAAGCAUCAGGGCGUCAAAUGGGAGGCGCGCGGCAACGCCGUCGUGUCGAACCAGCGCGUUCUCUUCCUGCGGCAGCCGGCGCUGCCUGCGCCGCUGCCUGGCCAGGCGUCGUCGGCGCAUCUGCGCUCCCUCUCCGUGCCAUUGCGCAACUUCGUCGACACGCGCUAUCUCAUUCCGAUCUUUGCUGCACCGUACUAUGAGGCCCAUGUGCUGCCCGUGCGCGACGGCGGCCUGCCGCAGCAUGUGCCGGGAGCACCCGCCACGUCCGGUCUUGCCAAGAUUUGGUUCAACGAGGGCGGCGGCACGCUGUUCAAGGAGGCCGUCGAGGAGGCAAAGGCGCGCGCCGAGAUCGGCGGUGCGGCAGAGGGCCACCUCGAGGCGUUGCCGACAUACUCGCCGCCUCCGCCAGGCUCGAGUGCUGCUGCCAACGAGUCCAUCGCGGCGCUCUCUCCGCCCACGCGCGCCGCACCGCUCGCGGCCGCUCCCAGCGCUUCUGCUGCCGCCGAGCCGGCCGCCGAGGACCUCGAGGCAGCUGCCGUGGCCCGACAGGAGGAGGAGGCCGAGGCACAGGCAUGGGCACAGGAGACGCUGGGCGCUGCAGCGCCGUCAGCAGCGGGCGACGCUGGCACUGACGAGCUGCCGCCCGGCUACGCCGAGGCCUGCGAGCCUCGCUGAGCGCGGCCCUGCGGCGAAUGUAUUUUUAGACACAGACAGCUCGACUCGAGGGCAAUCAGCGAUGUGUACGGCGUUCCAAGCAUUC